UCUAUCAGCCGGUGGGUGGACGGACUUCCUGCGCCAUGCAGCCUUAGCUCGCAGAUAAAUACUAAUAAAACACAACCGUCCGUGGAUGAGGUCGCAGAGCGGAUUAUAGACAUUAAGUGGCGUUUCUGAGAUCGGUGAUAAUGGAGGAGAGGAAGGAGGAGGGAGAAGCGGAGAUCCAGGAGCACGGACCCGAGCACUGGUUCUCCAAAUGGGAGCGGCAGUGUCUGGCCGAGGCCGAGCAGGAGGAACCGAGCGAGGAGGAAAACGAGCAGAGCCGGCAGAAACUCUGGCACCUCUUUCAGAACUCGGCCACCGCCGUGGCGCAGCUUUAUAAAGACCGAGUGUGUCAGCAGCAGGGGCUUUCGCUGUGGGUCCCCUUUCAGAACGCCGCCACCGCCGUCACCAACCUUUACAGAGAGAGCGUGGAGGCGCACCAGCGCAGCUACGAGCUGGGCAUCCAGAUCGGCCACCAGCGGCGCAACAAGGACGUCCUCGCCUGGGUGAAGAAGAGGAGGCGGAACAUCCGGCGCGAGGACCUCAUCAGCUUCCUGUGCGGCAAGGCCCCGCCCCCUCGCAGCUCCCGAGCCCCGCCCAGAAUCGCCAUGGCGCCGUCGUCGGAGACCAGCUCGUCCGUCGAGACCGACCUGCAGCCGUUCAGGGAGGCCAUCGCCCUGCAUGGCCUGAGCGGCGCCAUGGCGAGCAUCAGCAUGCGCUCGGGGGCGCCCGGCUCGCCCACCCACCUGAGCGCCGGCUCCGCCCCGGGCCGCCGCCGCAACGGCCUCCACGACGUGGACCUGAACACCUUCAUCGCCGAGGAGAUGGCGCUCCACCUGGACAACGGCACCCGCAAGCGGAGCUCGGCGCAGUGCGGCGACGUCAUCACGGACUCGCCCACGCACAAACGCAACCGGAUGAUCUGAGCGGCCACGCCCGGAAACGCAAAAAGAAAAAAGAAAAACACAGGACAGCCGAUCGAACGGACGGACACGGAGAACCACUCAGUCAGUCAUCGUCACAUCUUUCUGCGGGCCGGGAGACGGGAGCGGGCGUGGCCGAGCGCUCGUCCGGGCGCCCGGGCCGAAGCGCCGCCCCGGGGUCCCGUUCGUCUUUGCGUUGAAUGUCUGAGCGAGCGAGGCCGAACUGACACCGAGUGUGUGUCGAGGGCGUGGCCCUGUGUGUGUGUGUGUGUGUGUGUGUGUGUUUUCUGUUCCCGCGUCCUCUAAACAGCGCCUGUCACUGCCCCGGCUCUCGGCUCAGAGCGACGAGUGUUAUUCUUCUUCUCCUUCUGUUAUUUUAAUCCUUCUCUCGGCCGCUCGCGUGCCCCGACGGCCGGACUUCCUCCACUGUGCGCCGGCCCCGAUCGUCGCGCCGCCCUCUCUCUCUCUCUCUUCCUGCCCGUCCGGCACGCCUCCGGUGUAUCAUUAUGUAAUGUAAAUAAGCGUAGGUGCUGACAUAGACACGUGGUACAUAUUGUAAAAAAGAGCUGUGCAGAGACCGUGGAAUUGUUCAUGUACAAUAAUGAUUCUUGCAUUAAAGAGAUCGAAGCUUUUAACUAAA